AUGAAAUUUGAAGAACUCAAAAAUAUCCGUAAGGAGAUCAAGGAAGUGCUGGAGACAAAUGGAUACUCGAAUAUGACAGAUGUACAGGAGAAGACACUAACCAACUACAACAUUGAUUUGAUAGUGCAAGCACCAACUGGUUCUGGUAAGACACUCUGUUACACCCUACCAAUUGUGAAUAUGUUGCAUAUGCAGAAUAUCAGCGGAAUAAAAGCAGUUGUUCUAGUUCCAACUAGAGAACUGGCAUUGCAGAUCACAUCCGUAUUUGAUCAAUUUGAUAUUAAAUCAGAAACAUUCAUAGGUGGAACAUCUGAUUCAGAGAGCAUCAUCAAGGAGGAGACGAAUGUACUGAUUGGAACACCAGGGAGAAUGUGGCAGAUUGUCAAAAACAACGUAAAAGCGGUUAACGGGGUGAAAUGGCUUGUUUUGGAUGAAGCUGAUAAACUGCUAUCUCAGGGGUUUGAAGGACAAAUUCAGAAUAUUCUGGGUCAGAUACCAAAGAAGAAGAGAACGACGCAAUUCUACACCGCAACAGUGACAGAAUCAGUGCGAAAGUUAGGAAUACAGAGUGGAAACUAUAGAGAAGUCAUCCUGGAAGAGGCAAUUCCUGAAAAACUGUCUAUCUCCUACGUAAUGGCGUCUGGACAUAGGAAGAUAGACUUAUGUGUGUAUUUCAUGAAGAAUAACGACAGAAUGAUCGUAUUCUACGCCACCUGUGCAGAAGUCGACUAUUUUUACGUCUUCUUUUCAGAGACACUGGGCCAGGUUGUUUACAAGUUGCAUGGAAAGAUGAAUCAGAAGGAAAGAAAUGAAAUAUUCUUGAAAUUGAAGGAGAUGGAAAACUACGUUCUGCUUACGACUGAUCUCAGUGCAAGGGGAUUUGAUUUCAAGGACGUUGAUUUGGUGAUUCAUUUUGAUAUUCCAAAAGAUCACGCCAAUAUUCUUCAUCGCAGUGGCAGAUCAGGUCGAAAUGGCAGAACAGGAAAGAGCAUCCUGUUCGUAAUGGAGAAUGAAAGAAACUACCUGAAUUAUAUUGGGCUGAAAUACACUAACCUGAUUGUGAGUGAAUGCAAAAUGGAUCAGGUUGCUCUAUUUGAAGAGAAGCUGGAGCCACGGAAAAUGAUUGAAUUAUCAGCAAAGGCGUUUGUAUCGUACAUGCGAUCGUAUAAGGAGCACAUUGUCAACUACAUUUUGAACUAUAAGGAGCUUGAUUUGGAGGAAUUGAAGGCGUUAUUUGGCCUAGAAUGGAUUCCAAGGAUGACUGAAUUCAAAAAAAGACCAAAUUACAAAAAGUAG